AUGCGCCCACGGUGGCUGAAGCAUUCAUCGCUCAUUUCCUAUCCAUCAACGGAUGGCGUUUCUUCCGAGCCGUUCUCAAUUUCCCACCACCCGGAAGCUGAUGUUUCCAGCCCGGCACCUCACUUCAACAAGUGGUCAAUAGCACAGCUGAACCAGAUCACUGGGCGGAUCUACAGGCCACCAUCAUCGACUAGGCUUAUUCCACCAACGUUGGCAAAAGUUGCUGGCUACCGGUGGAGCCAUGGGUAUGGGGGCCGUUGGGUCGCAUGGCAUGGCGAGAACAAGCAUCGUAUCGGAGCCACUCCAGGGACAUUCUAUUUGUUUAUCAUGAAACAAUUACACAGAGACAUCACAUCUGAACCCAAUUCGCCUUCGGUUGUCCGACCAUGUACAAUGCGUUCGCCAACCACUUCCACAGCAUGA